AAAUGAUUCUUUAAGUCAACUUUCAUUAUGAAAUAGAACAAAAAGAAAAACUUGUGUCCAUAUCCGGCAAAAGUGGAGGUGAGAUCUUUGUGGCACUCCAAAAACUUCUGAAAGACAUCAGAAAGGAGAAAAUAAUCUACUUAGACAAUUCCUUUUAGAAAAUAUUUGCUAUUUCAAUUUAAAAAGUUGAACUUAUCAAACUUCCUUCAAAAGAAAAAGAGGAUGAUUUAGAAAGUUUCAUAGAUCUUGUUUUUCAUAUUUCUUGUUAGAAAGGAAUUAAUACUAUAGCAUUUCAUUUAACAAACUAAGAAAUAUAAAAUAGCACUGUAGGAAUCUGUAAGAGUGAAGACAUUCUUAAAUAAUUAAAUAAGCUCUAUUCUCAAAAGGAUCAUCCUUAAUAAGAAAAGCCAGAAAAGAAAACUAAUUGUUUUUUAAUAAGUUCAAAUACAAUUCAUUAGUAGAUCAAUGAUAUUUUAUACGGUCGAAAAGAGAGUUUAGAUCAAGAAGAUCACCAAAUUUUCAGUCUGAUCAUUCAAAAACAAAACUCAAAUAGUUUUUCUUCAUGUUUCCUAUCUAAUUAAAAUUUAAUAAGAGUACUAUCCAAUUGUAAGAUAAUUAUUUAAUAAAAUUUUUAGUCUAAAUUACGAAAGCACAACUUUAUGAAUCUAAUCUAGAAUGGAGUGAUGAUAAUAAUAAAAAAGAAAAUCUUUAAGGAAAAGAGGCUGAUUAGCCAAAACUAUUGACGGCUGCAAACGUAAAUGUGGAAAAAUCUACUGAGAUGCAAAAUAAAGUUAGAUAUGAAACCAUUUUAAAUUUAAAUCAUAAUAUAGUAUCAAAACGUCAUUUACUGUUUGUAUUUAAUGAGAAAGUCAUCGCAUAUUAGUUUCCUUUGAAAUUUAAACAGAUUGAUAAAAAUAAUCAAAUCAAAUGAAAAAUAUUGUAAAUUUAUCAAAUUUUAUUUUACAAUUUAG